AUAUAUUAUUAGAGCUAUUAUGUUUAAGUUUUUGGGUGACAGCUUAUUUCCCAACACGAUGGGAAAUAAGGUUAGUUUGUAUCUGUUGGAGGUGAUCAUGGGUGACUCUGUGGUGGUGCGGGGUCGUGCCAUUGGUGCUGCGGCUUUUAGUUUCUUGAAGAGCGCCGAUUGUGAGGAAGGGCCGGUGAAGAUCGCCGGCAAAGAGGGGAAGGGUGAUGCUGGCUUCUGCGAUUCGGCCGGCGCUGAUGUCUUCUGCGAUCGGCAGAGGCGGGGGCUAGUUAUCAUCGGUGGUCAGAUUGUACGACACACUCCUUACGAGGAUACAGGGACCAACUUCAUAGGUUGCUCGAGGGAGAGUUUGUUUGGAUGUCGUAUCCGAAUCUCGAUACCAUACCACCCUUUUGUUCAACAGUUAGGUGCCCUCCAACGUGUUACUCUCGAUGUUGUGUAUGAUCGACACCUACAUAACAUUAAGUCGAGCACUAUGGAGCUCAGUGACAGUGAGAGACAUUAUCUAGAUAUAGGAAACCCUGCACAUCAGCACGGAACAUGCUACGUCCACAUUUCUCUUGAGCUACAUACCGCACUAUCUUGUAUGACGGAUUGCCAUAAGCGUCUUGAUCUAGGAGCUGCCAGUAUUCGGAGAAUGGCAGAUAGAAGGCGAGAUGCACCUGAUGUAGGGGUUAGGCGUGGCGGGCGGGGUCAGCGCAGAAGGGAUAUACUCUGUGGUGGUGGAUGGGUCGUCCAACAUUGCUCAGCGGGAGACAUUUAUGGUGAACUUAAAUGCACAAACAUGUAACUGUGGUCAAUGGGUAACAUUUCACCUCCCGUGCAGUUAUGUCCACGCAGUAUGUCAUUACUGUAGUGUCACCGUGGAUCAUUUGAUUCCAAAUCUUUUUUCAAUUCAGUCAUACAUCAACGCUUACUCUGGCAUCAUAAUGCUGCUACCAGAUGAGUCUGAAUGGCCUACUCUAGAGUACGAGAUACUGAGGCCAAUGCCGUAAAUGUUUUGGCUUCUUCUUUUUAUGAAUAAAUUGUUAUAUGUACUCUAGCAAUAAAUUUAUUGUAUUUUG